CGACCCCGAAAGAUCGAAGUGGGAUGAACUGGCCAAUCGGAUUGGCGAAUUGAGACCCAUAAGCAAGGAGAGCCGGGACUGCCCCGUCUUUCAGGCUUUCAGCCUCUCAGGGACUGAGCUCGCUUCUCUGCCCAACACCACCACAACGAGACAAGGACACUUUCGAGUCGAAAUGGGGCGAAGAAAGGUCAGUGCAGCGGUUGCACCCGAGAAAGAGCCGCUCCUGGAGAAAGGGACUACCAGGAAACGGCUGAGUAAUGCGGGCGACCACGACCAUGCCACAAAACGGCAGCGAUUAGAGGAAAAGACCGACUAUUUUCGAUGGCGCAUGUGGGAUGACCAUGGCCGCCAAUCAUGGCGCUAUCUGGAGGACGACGACGAAGCCGAGAAAUGGCCACAGACACUCGCCGACAAAUACUUCUUGGGUCUGCCACUGGGUCUCCCCGAUCUUCCGAAGGCCAAGAGCCCGAUUGAUGCCGUUCGAAAUGGACUGGAAUUCUUCGAGAAGCUUCAAUUGCCUAGCGGCCACUGGGGUUGCGAAUAUGGGGGGCCAAUGUUCCUCUUACCCUGCGUCGUCCUGGCAUGGUAUGCGACCAAGACACCGAUCCCGUGGCACCACGCAACUGAGAUCAAAAACUACCUGUUUGCACGUGCGCACCCCGAAGAUGGAGGAUGGGGCUUGCAUAUCGAGGGCGAGACGUCCGUCUUUGGAAUCACUCUCAACUACACGGUUUUGCGCGUCGUCGGAGUCGACGCCGACCACCCGAAGAUGGUCAAGGCCCGGGCCACGCUGCAUAAGCUCGGAGGGGCGACAAAUGCUCCGCACUGGGCUAAAUGGUGGUUGGCAGUGCUGGGGGUAGCCAGCUGGGAUAUCGUCAAUCCUGUGCCGCCAGAAUUCUGGCUUCUGCCGGAUUGGGUUCCCUUCGCGCCAUGGAGAUGGUGGAUUCACAUGCGCCAGGUUUUUUUGCCUAUGGGAUAUCUGUGGUCCAGGAGAUGGCAGGCUGAAGAGACUGAGCUGGUUCGCUCCCUCCGGAGAGAACUCUUUGUUCAGGAUUGGGAGAAGAUAAACUGGGCCGCACACCGCAACUCUAUCCAUCCUAAGGACAACUAUCACCCUAAGACGUGGCUCCUCAACACGGCAAAUUGGUUUCUUGCCAAUAUCUGGACACCCUUCAUUCGCCCGAAAGCGCUAGUGGACCGGGCCGAGGACUGGGCUAUGAAACUCAUCGAGAUGGAGAACGAGAAUACAGAUUGCCUCGAUCUCGCUACCGUGUCGGGGCCCAUGAAUCUCGUAUGUCUCUACGCUCGAGACGGCCCGGAUUCUUAUGCUGUGCGGAGGCACAAAGAGCGGGCUGAGGAGUUCCUCUGGGUCAAGGACGAAGGCAUGCUCGCCAACGGAACGAACGGGGUCCAAUGCUGGGACACGGCAUUUGCUAUCCAGGCUGUCAUGGAUGCGGGGCUCACUGAAGAUCCUCGAUGGCGGCCCAUGCUGCUCAAAGCCCUCGCGUUUCUCGAUGAUCAACAAAUCCGUGACAACGUAAAGGACCAGGAGAAAUGCUAUCGCCACCAGCGUAAAGGGGCAUGGGCCUUCAGCAACAAGGACCAGGGCUAUGCCGUGAGCGACUGUGUUUCAGAGGCACUCAAGGCCGUCAUCAUCCUCCAAAAAACUCCGGGCUUUCCCACACUAAUCGACGAUCAGCGCAUUUUUGAUGCGAUCGACACGGUCCUGACCUACCAGAACCCCAAUGGCAGCUGCUCGUCGUAUGAGCCUCCUCGGGGUGGCUCGUGGAUGGAGAUGUUGAACGCCGCCGAGGUGUUUGGUAACAUCAUGGUCGAGUACGAGUACCCGGAAUGCACGACCGCUGCUGUCACUGCCCUAUCCUUAUUCCAUAAGCAUUGGCCCGACUACAGGUCCCAGGAGAUUGAACGCUUCAUCACACGCGCCGUCACGUGGAUCAAGAGCGUACAGAAGCCACAUGGCGGCUGGUAUGGAAGCUGGGGCAUUUGCUUCACUUAUGCAACCAUGUUUGCGCUUGAAAGCUUGGCGAGCACUGGGGAAACAUAUGGAAACAGCAUUCACGCCAAAAGGGGAUGCGAUUUCUUGAUCUCGAAGCAAAGGGAGGAUGGCGGGUGGUCUGAGCAUUACAAGGCUUGUGAGACUGGUGAAUACAUUGAGCACCCUACCGGAUCUCAAGUCGUCAUGACAGCAUGGGCUCUAAUUGGCCUAAUGAAAGCGGAUUACCCUCAUACCGAGCACAUCAAGAAGGGCAUUAAACUGAUCAUGGACCGCCAGCAACCGAACGGCGAGUGGUUACAAGAGGCAAUUGAGGGUGUCUUCAACAAAAGUUGCAUGAUUUCAUACCCCAACUACAAGUUCACUUUCACCAUGAAGGCCCUGGGCAUGUUUGCCCGAAAAUACCCCGAUGAGACGGUCGUGUGAACUGAGGUCGAUGGGGGAAUCUGGCCUGGAAAAGGCAUGGUUGCUUACCUUCUUUUUUCUCUUUGGGAAUGAGACAUGAGCACUGAUAAUGGUAAUAAAGUAAUGGAAUGCCUGCAUGUGUCCGUUUCUACAAAAUUCGUUGUGGUUGUAACUUUUGUGAGAGUACAAUAAUUACCCGUUGGC